CCAGCAGCGAUGAAAGUGACAUCAUCCAUGCAGUCCGGGUGGCGAAGAGCCCGGCAGGGCGGCUGGGCUUCAGCGUGCGGGGUGGCGCGGAGCACGGCCUGGGCAUCUUUGUCAGCAAAGUGGAGGAGGGGAGCAGCGCGGAGCGGGCUGGCCUGUGCGUGGGCGACAAGAUCACCGAGGUGAACGGGCUGAGUCUGGAGAGCACCACCAUGAGCAGCGCAGUGCGGGUCUUGACGGGCAGCAGCCGCCUGCACUUGAUGGUCAGGCGCAUGGGCCGCGUGCCGGGCAUCAAGUUUUCCAAGGAGAAGACCACGUGGCCCGGCUGCCCACCGCCUGUCUGCUCCAGAGUGGACCGCGGCGGGCUGGCUGAGGAGCACGGCGUCAAGGUGGGGGACCAGGUGCUGGCGGCCAACGGGGUCAGGUUCGACGACAUCAGCCACAGCCAGGCCGUGGAGGUGCUGAAGGGCCAGACGCACAUCAUGCUGACCAUCAAGGAGACCGGCCGGUACCCUGCCUACAAGGAGAUGGUGUCUGAGUACUGCUGGCUGGACCGCUCAGGGAGCGUGGGGCCCGUGCAGAAGUUUGUCACCUGGAGACUGAGGCGCGACCGGGAGAGGGGCCGGGCCCUGCUCUCGGCCAGGUCCGGGAGCCCCUCCGGCCAGCUGCCCAGCAUGGAAGAACGAGUGCAGGCCUGGGAGGGCCGCCGCGCCCGCAUUCAGGAUCUGGCCCCGCGGCUGCUGACUGACGACGAGGUGCUGGCUGUCACCCGCCACUGCUCCCGGUACGUGCACGAGGGAGGCGUGGAGGACCUGGUGAGGCCCCUGCUGGCCAUCCUGGACAGGCCAGAGAAGCUGCUGCUGUUGCGAGAUGUCAGGAGCGUGGUGGCCCCCACGGACCUGGGCCGCUUUGACAGCAUGGUGAUGCCCGUGGAGCUGGAGGCCUUCGAGGCCCUCAAGAGCAGGACAGUGCGGCCUCCUGUUCUGCGCCCAGCCCGGCAGGACACGCCACCCAAGCGUCACCUGGUCACCCCUGCCGGCUUUGAACUGGUGGCAGUGGACGGCGAGAGCCUGGAGCAGGUGACCCACCAGCGGGCCGUGGACACCAUCCGCCAGGCUUACCGCAACAAGACCCGGGAGCCUAUGGAGCUCGUGGUCAGGGUGCCCUCGGAGCCCUCGGCCCCUGCUGACGGGCGCCGUCCUGCGAACCGUCCCCCGGGCCACCAGCCGCGUGGUGCCAGUCCUGUCCCCACACUCAGGCUGCCAGAACCGCCCACGCGCCCCGAGGCCCCGCCCUGUGCCAGGCUCCCCCAGCCGACUCCCAGUCCCACCCCCUCUCCAAGCCUCCACGGAGCCCACAACCCUCUCACUAACCCGAUUCCUCCCUCGGACUCAGGAGCCCCGGCCGGCCUGCC